UUUCAUCAUGGCGGACAGAGCGCAGCUGGAGCAGGCCAUAUCCCAGCAGGGAGAGAAGGUGAGGCAGCUGAAGCAGGACAAAGCUGCCCAAGACCAGAUUGCUGAAGAAGUUGCAAAGUUGCUCGAACUUAAGGCACAGUUGGGACCAGAAGAUGGGAAACACAAAUUUGUUCUCAAAACAGCAAAGGGCACCAGAGAUUACAAUCCAAAACAAAUGGCCAUCCGCGAAAAGGUAUUUAGUACCAUCAUAAAGUGUUUCAAGCGGCACGGAGCCGAAACCAUUGACACCCCUGUGUUUGAAUUAAAGGAGACAUUAACUGGCAAAUAUGGGGAAGAUUCGAAGCUUAUUUAUGACCUGAAAGAUCAAGGAGGAGAGUUACUGUCUUUGCGUUACGAUCUCACCGUACCGUUUGCCCGUUACUUGGCUAUGAAUAAAAUUACCAAUAUUAAGCGUUAUCACAUUGCUAAGGUUUACAGAAGAGAUAACCCAGCUAUGACCAGGGGUCGCUACAGAGAGUUUUAUCAGUGUGAUUUUGACAUUGCUGGACAGUACGACCCGAUGAUUCCUGAUGCUGAGUGUCUUAAGAUUGUGCAUGAAAUACUCAGUGAAUUGGAACUGGGAGAAUUUCUGAUUAAGGUGAACGACAGGAGGAUUCUGGAUGGCAUGUUCGCAGUUUGCGGAGUACCAGACAGUAAAUUCCGUACCAUCUGCUCUUCAGUGGACAAACUGGACAAGACUCCAUGGGAGGAUGUGAAAAAUGAAAUGGUGGGGGAGAAGGGACUUGCACCUGAAGCUGCUGACUUAAUUGGAGAGUAUGUACAGAACCAUGGUGGGUUAAAUCUCAUUGAGCAGCUGCUGAAGGACCCAAAGCUUUCACAGAACAAACUGGCUUUGGAAGGACUCAACGACAUGAAAAUCCUUUUCCAGUAUCUAGAACUUUUUGGAGUGACUGAUAAGAUUUCCUUUGACCUGAGCCUGGCCCGUGGGUUGGACUAUUAUACCGGGAUUAUAUAUGAAGCUGUCCUAGUCCAAAACCAGGGAGCAACACAGCAGAAUGACCAUCACGAGGAGCCUGUUACUGUUGGCAGUGUAUCCGGAGGAGGGCGCUAUGAUGGUCUGGUGGGAAUGUUUGAUCCCAAAGGCAGGAAAGUCCCCUGCGUUGGGGUCAGCAUUGGGAUUGAGAGAAUAUUUUCCAUCAUGGAGCAGAAGGCAGAGGCUUCAGAAGAGAAGAUUCGGACAACAGAGACCCAAGUACUGGUAGCAUCUGCACAAAAGAAGCUUCUGGAGGAAAGAAUGAAGCUUAUAUCUGAAUUAUGGAAUGCAGAAAUCAAGGCAGAAAUGUUGUACAAGAAGAAUCCAAAGUUAUUAAACCAGCUGCAGUACUGUGAAGAAACCGGCAUUCCACUAGUGGCAAUUAUUGGGGAACAGGAGCUGAAGGAUGGGGUGGUGAAGCUGAGAGUGGUUGAAACCCGUGAAGAGAUUGAUGUAGCAAGAGAAAAUCUGGUGGAGGAAAUCCAGAAGAGGACCAGAAAACCAUAAUAUUAAUGUCUGUAUCGAAGAAGGACAGAAGAUGCCAUAUCACCGGGAUCUCUCCAAAUAAUCUUACUGAUCUUUAAAGAUAGUUAAAACAUAUUUAUUAUGAUGAUACCAUAAAUAAUAUCUUUUGCCUUUGAAUAAGUGAAGGGGGUAAUUGGGAGUACAUCUUUCAAACGGUCGCCUGUGUUCUGCUAGUAACAUGUACCUGCUUACAAAGCCCCAGUGGGAAUUGUAUAUUAUUAAACCAUUGUUUCCUAUACCUUAUUGUCAACAAA